GUCAAAAAGAUUUGGAUGCACAAAUUCGACGUGAUUGGAAAAAAAGAUCGUUAUGUUAUAGAGAAGGGGCUGGGAGACCAUAUCAGAUCUGUUAUUCUGUGUCAUUCGAAAGGAUCAUUUUCCUACUCUCCAGAGCGAGCAAAAAUCGGAUAGUAGUACUCUUUGGUAGUUGUGGUUCAUCAACACCUAUUGGACGAUUAUAUUUUACUGAUGGUUCAGAAUAUAUCCGCUCAAGUUUGGUGGCAUCAUUAGGACUCAUCCCAAUUAAUCGAGUUAGGCUAUCAUUCAUAUUAUCAACAAUUUUUCUUGCAAACCGUUCACAUUCUCUACAGCACUUGCCAGUAG